AGAGAUACGUUCGAAAGUUGCAGUUCUCAUCUGACCGCCUUAAUAUUGUGAUACGAGAAAUGUUCGUCAAGAUAUUCCUUCUCGCCGUUCUGACGAGCGCAGCGAGGGCUGGGGUCAUAGCGGUCCACGGCGUCGAUGAAGGCCUCGGCGCAUAUCACGGAAGUCAUCAUCACCGUGCCGACGGCGGCGACGCCGCCGCGGCGUUGCAUCAAAGUCACGCGAGUUCGUUCAUGCACUUUCACGGACCCGUCGAAGGCCCGGUAUUCGAGGUGAAGGUCCCCUACGUUCCCCACCACGACGAACACGAGCAUUACCACGGCGAACACCAUCAGGAUCACGGCUACACCAUAGACUACGUCGCUCAACCGAAAUACGAAUUUUCGUACGGUGUCGAGGAUCAUCACACGGGAGAUUUUCACGGGCAAAAGGAGUCCCGCGACGGUAAAACCGUGAGGGGCGAGUACAGCGUGAAGGAGCCAGGUGGCAACGUGAGGACCGUGAAGUACCACGCGGAUCACGACGGUUUCCACGCGGUCGUCCAUAAUUCCGGAGGUAACGAUCACUCCGGCGGUGUUUACGGGGUCGGUCACGGCGCCACGGAGGUUCACGGAGGUCACGGAGUCGGUCAGGAAGAGGAGCAUCGGCAUCAACACCUAGAGCUGGGUCAGGCGGCCCCGGUGCAGGAGGAAGAGCUCCAGGAAUACGCGAUAUUCCAGGGGCAGGAGGGGGACUCGGAACACGCGGGGUAUUUAUGAGCCGCCGAUCGCGAUCGCGGCCAUUAAUUCGACAUACCCCGUAAUUCUGUCCGUUGAAACGUUGUACCUGGAUCCAUUGAUCACAUGUAUAUUAUAAAAAUUUAUUUUAUCGCGCCUUCCUCAAGUACCAAAGUCUACCUUCUAACCCCCCUUCGACGUCGUCGCGAACGCCUCUGAUUAAUCGUUGGUUACAUCUAAUCGCGUAUGGAACGCCCUGGACCACGCGCAAUAAGUAUCGGCAAAAGAGUCGCGAUCGGCCUCACCAUACGUACGCGUAUUCCAUACAUAAUGCAAUAUACACACCUAACUGUACCUUCGUAUGUAAUAAAUAAUGUAUAUCUAUGUAUACCGUAACGUUUUGUAAAUACAAUUUUCCAAUAAAGUACUCGUUGCACUUA